CUUGCCUCAACAGCCAUGACCUUUGGUAGAGACCAUCAUGCACUGAACAAAACAAACAUACACACCCACUUCAUUUCUUUGCUCUAUAUAACAGGCGGUCAAGCUCAGCUCUUCCUGCUCUUCUUGUGUGCUCUGAAUUUCAGGCUGUACACAGGACUGGAAAAGGAAGGAAUUAACAACAGUGUACUUCCAUCUCACAACAAGAUGGGAAAGCGGCGCUUCUCAGGGUUGGAAGAGACCCUGAUGGUGUUGUUUGCAUUGUUCAAUUUACUGCACACUGGUGAACCAAGAACAAUCAGAGACGAUUCAGUAUCAGUUCCAAUCAAUAUUACAGAAUGUCCCCUUGUUCCAUACGGCGAGAGGGUGGACUGCUUCCCAGAUCCCGGCGCUUCCGAGCAAAAAUGCUUGGAAAGAGCUUGCUGCUGGAGCCCUGUGGAUGAGGCUAACGUCCCCUGGUGCUUCUUCUCCAGAAACCAUGGCUACAAUGUGGUCAGCAAAAGCCAGCCUGACAGCACACAUAUUGAGGCCAGGCUGACAAGAAUGGAUGCUCCUUCUCUAUUUGGGGCUGACAUUAAAGAGUUGAUCUUCUACGCUGAAAUGCAGACUGAAAACCGUCUUCGAUUUAAGAUCACAGAUGCAAACCAAGCCAGGUUUGAGGUUCCUCACGAGCACGUGCAAGCACCUUCCAGCCCUCCCACUGGACCCCUCAAAUAUAGACUAGAGUUGAUCCAGAACCCGUUUGGACUGAAAGUUUGGAGAACAUCUCCCGAAAAACUCCUGUUUGACACAACCAUUGGGCCGCUGAUUUUUGCAGAUCAGUACCUUCAACUCUCUGCUAAACUACCCUCUCACAAUAUUUAUGGACUGGGAGAGCAUGUCCAUCAGACCUUCCGCCAUGACACCAACUGGAAGACCUGGCCUAUCUUCGCAAGAGAUGCUUUUCCCAACGGAGGCACACACAACCUGUACGGCCACUACCCCUACUUUACAUGUCUGGAAGAUGAGAGCGGCCAGUCCUUUGGUGUUUUUCUCAUGAACAGCAAUGCUAUGGAGGUGACAGUCCAGCCUGCUCCGGCCAUAACCUACCGGACUAUCGGAGGGGUUUUGGACUUCUACAUCCUGGUUGGAGACACACCAGAAGCAGUGGUGGACGAGUUCACACAGCUGAUUGGCAGGCCUUUCAUUCCUCCAUACUGGUCUCUGGGUUUCCAGCUGUCUCGCUGGGACUACGGCAGCCUGGACGAGGUGAAGAAAGUCGUGGAAAGGAACCGACAGAUCGGCAUUCCAUAUGAUGUCCAGUACACUGAUAUCGACUACAUGGAGGAAAAAAAGAUCUUCACCUAUGAUAUGGAGAAAUUUAAGGAGUUGCCUCAGUUUGCUGACUACAUGCAUGAGAAAGGGCAGAAAUACAUUGUCAUAUUGGAUCCUGCUGUGUCCACAGGUAAAAGGCUAAAUGGACCUUAUGAAGCAUUUGACCGGGGACAUGCAGCUAAUGUUUGGGUCACUGAACCAGACGGGAACACACCUCUGAUAGGAGAGGUCUGGCCAGGGGAAACCGUGUUUCCAGACUACACUAACCAGGCUUGUGUUGAUUGGUGGGUUGAUGAAAUUUCACGUUUCCACAAAGAAGUCAAACAUGAUGCUAUCUGGAUUGACAUGAAUGAGGUGGCCAAUUUUGUACAGGGAAGCAGCAAAGGCUGCGCUGAGAACAAACUCAACUAUCCUCCAUUCAUUCCACGUCUCCUUGAUAAUCUGAUGUACAGUAAGACCUUAUGUAUGGAUGCUAAACACAAAUGGGGAAACCACUAUGAUGUCCACAGUCUCUAUGGGUACUCGAUGGCCCUGGCCACUGAGAAGGCAUCGAGAGAAGUGUUUAAGACCAACCGUUCCAUGGUUUUUACCCGUUCAUCCUUCCCCGGGGUGGGCAAGUAUGCUGGGCACUGGUUGGGUGACAAUGCGGCCAACUGGAAUGAUAUUAAGUGGGCGAUACCUGGCAUGUUGGAGUUUAACCUCUUUGGAGUCCCUUACAUUGGCGCAGACAUCUGUGGGUUCUUCGACGACUCGCCAGAGGAGCUUUGCAGACGUUGGAUGCAAGUCGGCGCGUUCUACCCCUUCAGCCGUAACCACAACGCGCAAGGGUUCAAGGACCAGGAUCCUGCAUCAUAUGGUGCUGACUCUCUCUUGGUGAAAACCUCCAAGCAUUACCUGAACAUCCGAUACACCCUCUUGCCAUACCUCUACACUCUUUUCUACAAGGCCCAUGUCAGUGGAGAGACUGUAUUGCGUCCCAUGAUGCACGAGUUCUAUUCCGACAGUGAAACCUGGGGAGUGCACAACCAGUUCUUAUGGGGAGCACAUCUUCUCAUCACACCUGUGUUGGAUCCUGGUGUUGAAUAUGUGGAGGCCUACAUUCCAGAUGCCAUCUGGUAUGACUUUGAGAAGGAGGAACGGAUUACCGAUCGCAAAGAAAAAGUUAACUUGAACCUGCCUGCUGAUAAACUUGGUUUACACCUGAGAGGCGGAGCCAUUCUGCCCGCGCAAACGCCAGAUGUCACCACUACAUACAGUCGACGACAUCCCAUGAGACUGAUCAUCGCUCUCGAUGACAACAAUACUGCAUCAGGAGAGCUAUUUUGGGAUGACGGAGAGUCUCGAGAUUCCGUUUCAUCCGGCUCCUACAUUCAUUACCAGUUUUCCGUGGCUAAUGAUGUCUUGACAAUGCAUGUCACCCACAAUGGCUACAUAGAUCCAAACAACUUGAAGUUUGAGAACAUCACCAUAAUGGGAGUGACCGGAGCUCCAGUCUCUGUGCUUGUGUCAGAUGGCACCACUACUGAUGCUCUGACUGAGUCCCAGGUUAACUACGAUUCUACCAGGAAGGUGUUGUACCUGAGAAACCUGGAGCUGGAACUGGGGAAGGACUACACAGUCAACUGGCAGGACAAACGCAGAAACUCAAGGCACUUCGAUUGUCAUCCUGAAGCAGGUUCUGAUCAGGCCAAAUGUGAAGCCCGUGGCUGCAUCUGGGAGCCUUCAAAUGUUCCCAAUGAGCCCUGGUGUUAUUACCCUGACACCCACGGCUACAUCACCGGCAACGUGGUUGAAACGGCGAGUGGCAUCACUGUAGAUAUAGAGCGCAAUACGGCUUUCCCAAGUCAACGUUCUCAAUCUCGAGACAUCAACAAGCUCCGUGUGGAAAUCACAUAUCUGAGUGGCAAAAGCCUGCGUUGGAAGAUCUUUGACCCAAGCAAUGCACGCUACGAAGUCCCCAUUCCCCUCGACCUGCCCGGCAUGCCAGAGACCGAAGAAAAUAAAAGACUGUACAGGGUUCAGAUCAAGAACAAGCCUUUUGGGAUUCAAGUCAUCAGAAAGGAAACAGAAGAAAUCAUAUGGGACUCUGCCGUGCCAGGGUUCACAUUCUCUGAUCAGCUCCUUGAGGUCUCCACACUCCUCCCCUCAAACUACGUCUAUGGUUUUGGUGAAACAGAGCACCCCAGCUACAACCAUGACCUCAGCUAUCACAAAUAUGGCCUCUUUGCCAAAGACCAGCCUCCAGGGUAUAAGCUGAACAGUUAUGGACUCCAUCCCUUCUACAUGGGUCUGGAGAAAUCAAAAAAUGCUCACGGCGUCCUCCUGCUCAACAGCAAUGCCAUGGAUGUGACCUUCCUGCCUACUCCAGCUCUGACCUACAGAACUGUUGGAGGAAUCCUGGACUUCUACAUGGUGAUGGGACCCACUCCAGAAGCUGUGGUUCAGCAGUACACUGAGAUGAUAGGCCGCCCGGUUCUUCCAGCCUAUUGGUCGCUCGGGUUCCAGCUUUGUCGUUAUGGCUAUUCCAACGAUGCAGAGAUCGCAGAUCUUUACAGAGACAUGAAAGCUGCUAAAAUUCCUUAUGAUAUUCAAUAUGCAGACAUUGACUAUAUGGAGAGGCAGAUGGACUUUACAGUGGACAAAGUGAACUUCAAGGGACUGCCUGCUCUGGUGGACGACAUGAGGGCUGAGGGAAUGCGCUUCAUCAUAAUUUUGGACCCGGCUAUAGCAGCCAAUGAGACAAAAGGCUCCUACCCUGCAUUUGAUACCGGGAUUGAAAAAGACAUUUUCAUCAAAUGGCCUCCCGAGCUCAGCAAUGACAUUGUGUGGGGAAAGGUGUGGCCUGAUUAUCCCAAUAUUACUGUGGACAAUUCUUUGGACUGGGAUACUCAAGUUGAGCGAUUUAGAGCUUUUGUGGCCUUCCCUGAUUUCUUCAAGAGCAGUACAGCAGAGUGGUGGACACAGCAGAUUAAAGACUUUUACAAUAACGUCAUUAAGUUUGAUGGACUUUGGAUUGACAUGAAUGAGCCAGCCAGUUUCGUGCAUGGCACUGUCGGAGAGAAAUGUCUAGGGGAUCCCGCUUUGGAAAACCCUCCAUACAUGCCCCCUCUGGAGUCUAUGUACAGAGGCCUAAACCAUAAGACUUUAUGCAUGAACAGCGAGCAGAUCCUGGCUGAUGGCACACGCGUCAAGCAUUAUGAUGUCCACAACUUAUAUGGCUGGUCUCACACGAAACCUACUUAUGAUGCUUUGCUUAGUACCACUGGAAAGAGAGGUGUUAUAAUUACUCGUUCAACAUAUCCGUCUAGUGGACGCUGGGCAGGACAUUGGCUGGGAGACAACUACUCUGCCUGGGACCAACUUCUCAAGUCCAUCAUAGGCAUGAUGGAGUUCAGCAUAUUUGGCAUCUCUUACACCGGUGCUGAUAUCUGUGGCUUCUUUAACCCUGCCCAAUAUGAGAUGUGCCUGCGCUGGAUGCAGCUUGGAGCUUUCUACCCAUUCUCCAGAAACCACAACACCAUAAACAUGCCAAGGCAGGAUCCCGUGGCCUGGGGACCAGAGUUUGCUGCUAUCUCUCGUGAUGUGCUGAAUAUUCGCUACACCCUCCUACCGUAUUUGUACACACUGAUGUAUGAAGCUCACGCUCACGGAAACACUGUGGUCAGACCUCUGCUUCAUGAGUUUGUCACAGAUGAAAACACAUGGAGCAUCGACAGGCAGUUCCUCUGGGGUCCUGCGCUUCUCAUCACAGCUGCUUUGGACCCGGGCGUUACUGUGGUCAGGGGCUACGUGCCAAACGCCCGCUGGUACGACUACCACACGGGUGAAGUUGUUGGAGUGCAAGGACAGUUCAUGAAUAUGGAUACACCGUUAUCGAAAAUUAACCUGCAUGUGAGAGGAGGCCACAUCCUGCCCUGGCAGAAACCAGAAAACAACACACACUACAGUCGUCUGAAUCCUCUGGGUCUUCUGGUUGCUCUUGAUGAUGAAGGUUCAGCACAUGGAUCUUUGUUCUGGGAUGACGGAGAGGGAAUUGAUACUGUUGAGAACAAGCGUUUCCUCUUGACCUCUUUCUCUGUGUCUUCGGGUGUUCUUACCAGCGCAGUUCUCACAGAUGGUCUGUCCGAGGCCGACAGGUUGACCCUGGGGCUCGUGAAGGUGUGGGGAGUGUCAGCGCCCGUCACUCAAGUUAUCAUCCAAGUGAAUGGAAAGCCUGAGGCCAAACUGGAAUUCAAGUAUAAUGCUGAGGUUCAGGAGCUGCAGUUUGAUGCAACCUCACAAUCUCACACCAUCGAGAAGCCUUUCACGAUCACCUGGAGCACAGCUUAGACUUGGACAUAAAUCAGUGGAAACAGGCUUCAAUAGUAAUCAUUUACUGAUUAUUUACAUUAAUGUUCAAUCAACUAGUAACUUGUUUAGCUGCAAUAAAACUGCAAUAAAGUGAUUUAAACCCCAAUAA